UCUCUCCGGCGUGAGCUCCGUUUGUGAGAAACCCCACGCGAACCUCGGCCAGCAGCGGCGUCCGGCCCUUGCUGUUUCACGCGGCCCUUCAGCUGGCAGUUCGAUCCGUAGCGGUACAAGCUUCUGACUAGCAGUUGAAUUUGAAGGCAGCUUUCAGCCAUUUCCCACGCUCAAACAACCUCAGAACAUCAAUACCCUCUAUAUUUUUGGAUUGAUUUUGAGUGCCCACAGCUUAGAUUCCCAAUCGGAGGACCCACGAAGGACGACUUUAGAUCUGAGAGUUCUAAUCGAAUCCAACACCAACCAGCAAGGAUUCGAGUCCUUUUGGAUAAGAUUCAUUGAGUAAAGAUGCUCAAAAUUCCUUUUGAACUCAAAUGUAGUGUUUUAAAAUUGUUCUUUACACUUGGAAUCUCUUUCUUAGACUAGUUUUGGACUCCUUUGAAAACUUUUCAGCAAAGACUCGAGUCGUUUUCGAUAAGAUUGAGGUGGUGCAGUUCUGUUUGGACCUUUUCAAAUCCAUAUUAGUGCUAUAAUUAGCUUCUCACCUUUAGAACUGUAGUUUUGGACUAAAUUCGGACUGUUUGGUCUAUGAUUAAGGUUGUUAGUGGGUAAGAAAUAGUUGAUAAAUCCUCCUGAACAGCCAUUAACUUCGAUUAAGGUUUUGGAACUGAGUUCUAACCUUCAAACCAUGAUCUUGUUGUUUCAGGAGCCUAUUGACUAGUUUAGGAACACAACAGGAGUAGAAUUCUACCUGUUGGGUCUGUUUGCUGUUUGCUAAGCAUGCUGCAGUAUUUAAUUGCUUAUGUUACUUGAUGUACGCUUAUUUGAACUAUGUUGCUUCUGAUUAGUGUUGAGAAUGUUGAGCAUGUUGAGUGAACAAGUUAGUCUGUUAAAUUGUCGUAGUGUUGAACUUGAGAUUAAUUAGGUAUUAAAGUUUGGUAAUGUGCCCUAAUUUAGCAUGAAAAUUUGGAGACGUUAUAGUUGAUAUCAAAGGUAAGUUGUCCCUAAAGAUUGUCCUAGAAACCAGGUUGUUAAGUCAGAGUUAAUGGCCUUUCUCAUUCUCCUCUCAUCACUUGGUGGAGUUUAGUGCAUCCAUUAAUGGGUUGCAUGGAUGACCUACAAUGUUGGGCAAGAUUCAAGGAUCUAUUGAUUGAUCAAAUACCUCCUUGAUGCUAUAGAAUAAGGUAUAGAAGUGGAGUUUUCGUUACUACUCAAGGGAACACGCCAGUGACACAAUAUGAGAGGGGGCAUGUUGAAUUUUCUUGCUUUACUCUUGAUCAGAUUGACAAAGGAACGAGGAAGGUGGAUAGGUUUCUUGAGGGCCUUCAUAAAGAUAUAAAAGGACUAAUAGCAUUUGGGCGACUGACUACUUAUGCUGCUGUAGUUAUGAGUGCCAUGAUUUUAGAUAGAGAUGUUCCAAGACUGGAGUAGCCUGAAGAAGUAGGCACUUCAUUUGGGGUUAAAAGGAAGCGACAUGAUGACCCUACAAAGAGUUAUGCUCUAUGUUGACUAAACAUGAGGUUAACCCUCCACCAAGAGAAGGACCUAGGAAGACCUUGGCAAGAGAGACUAAGAUCCCAAGAAACCAAAAAAGUCUCUUAGGAAAGGUGCAACCACUUUUUGUGAUCAGGCUUACUUAUAGAAUCAAGAGAAAAUCUCCUUUUCUAUCUACUCAAUCUCAGGGGGCUCCUCAACAAUAAGCAAUUUGCUUGUUUCUUAUGCCCUUUGUUUACAAAAGCAUCACUUUGAGCCAUGCUGAAGAAAGUAGAGAGCUUGUUUCAAUUGUGGUAGAAAGGGACACUUUGCAAGGCUGUGUCUGACCAAGGGUGAGCAAAAUUUUCACAAGCCAACUCCCAAAGCUAUUUUAGCACGAACACAAGGAGGCUAGUAGAAAGCACAUGUUUUUGCUUAUAGAGGAAGCUGUGGGAUAUGCUAACAUAGUUGCAACAGGAACACUACCCUAGACUUGUACCUUUAUUUGCUUCUCACCCACUGUAUGUUUUGUUAAUUUGUUACAUUAGGACUAUUCUUGGUCCUUAGUGUUCCAUCUUUUGUUUUCUUGACGAUUGUUUGUUAAGUGAUCUUAGAGCUAGAGCUGUUUGGCUAAUUCAGGUGUCCACACCAAUCUGGCCAAAGGUUUAAGUUUAGGAGUGACUUGGUAAAGAAGAGAUGAAAUCAAGGCCAAGUGUUCAAAGUUAUUAGACCUAGCAACUUUCACGGACGGAUAUUCUUAAAGGUGGAGAGUUUGUAACGCCCCGCAUUUCAGGAAAAAAAAGUGAAAGAAGAAGAAUAGAAAAGAAAGAAAGAGAAGAAGAAAUUGAAGAAGGGAAAGACAAAGAAAGGAGAAGAAGAGAAAUAGAAAGAGAAAUGGAGGCGAGAUGUAAUGCGCUAUGUUCUUCCCUAAGAUUAAUUUCUACUUUUGACAUAUAUUUUGGAUUAAUUGAGUUCUUAUUGGAUUUGUUGGAGUUAUUAAUUUUGAUAAUUUAAUUAAGUGAAGUUUGAAAAGUCCAAGUUAUUUCUCCCCAUGUUUGGAAUAUAGUGUAGCUUUGAGUUGUAGGAAAAGAAAAGGAAAUGAAAAGGGAAGAAAAAAGGGAAAUAAAAGAAUGAGAAAAAAAGGAGAACAAGAAACAAAAUCUGUUCUCCUUCCCUCAUAUUGCUGCCCCCAAUGUCGUCUAUUUGUUGCAUUUCCUUUCGUUGUGUCUGUAUAGGACUCUGUCAAUGAAAUGUCCAUAUCUAGUUCAUUCUUCAGAAUCAUAUCACAUUCUAGAUCCGAUGAAAUAGGAUGCAUUAAGAUGAUAUUUUAUAAAUACAUAAUUGAGAUGAACUGUCCAUAUGCAGUUCAUCCAUUGGAACCAUAUCCCAUUUCAAAUAUGAUGGGAUAGGCUGAAUUGAGAUGGUAUAUUGUUAAUAUGUCCAUCUUUCCAAUCGCCUGAAAGUAACAAAAGAACCAUCUUGUUUUUCUUCAUCAAUUUUUGCUUGUUGUUCAGUGCGAUGGUUUUGAUCACUGCUCCAUACGACUAUUUUUAUGCAUUCUCUUCCAGCGACCAUGCAGCUGUUUUCAUCUCUAAUGGUACCCACAAGCUGAAGCCCUCCCUUGAGCGUGAUGAUACCCUCGAGCUGAAGGACAGUGACAACGUGCUUUGGGUGACAAUGACCCAAGUAUAAUCUCUUAAGUGCAUUUUCUUGGCUGGUCAUCAAUCCUUGGCUGUGACCUACACUCCAGAUAAUCCCAAAUCAGAUUGCCAUAAUUUUUAAAGUUCAGAUCCGUGAGUUCGAAUCUUUUCACCAACCAGAAUCUGAACCCUUUGGUAAGAAUCUAGUUACUUUGAACUCCUUCGAAUUCGAUUGAAGUACACAAGAUUAGCUUCUUGCCAUUGAAUCCCUUGAAGUUUAGGUUUGGAUCGGCCAUUUUGAGUCAUUAAGGACUAUGUUAGGUUGAUAUGAGGACAUUUGGCUGUGGCUUUUCUUUAAGUUGCUAACAAGGGUUGGGGAGAUUAAACGAUGUCUGUGGAAUCAAAGUCCUUUAAGGAAUAUCUUAAACGAUAUGAAAGUAACACCGAGGUGGAUAAGAAAAAGAAGAAGAAAAAGAAGAGGACCACAACAGCAACCAAACCAAAUGAUCUAGGUGUUUUAGUCGUGGACGAAGAUCCUGUCUGGCAGAAGCUAAUAAUUAUUGAAGAGGAUAAUGUUGAUAAUUCGACUGAUGAGGAGCCCCAAGUCAAUGAAGAUAUUGAGGUUAAGAGAAUGAGGAGGCUUCAAGAACUAAAAGCCAAGCGACCAUAUAAUUCCAUAAGUGAAGAUGGAAGUGGUUGAGUUUCACUCUCUCCAAACCAUGCAAAUUCUAGCAUGGUGAAUGGUGAUUUAUCUCCACCUCGUAGAACAAGAGCUCGGAAUGAUACACCUUCUCCAUCUAAUGAGUUGAAGCCUUCAGUAUCUGGUGAAGAAGGUGAAGAUUUUUCACCUCCGCGGAGGAGGCAGAGGCAAAAUCCUAGCUCACUUGAACAUGAGGAAAAGCCUACAAACUCUAAGUCUCCAAGAUCUGACUUAUAUCAACCACAAAAGCAGAAUGUUUAUAGAGAUUGCGCACAGAAAGAUAUUGACCUAUCACCUCCACGACAGCGAAGGAGACGUUACCAUACUCCCUCCCCUGAAUCCGAUGUAAAACCUGCACGAUCUGUUUCUCCACAGUCUGAUUUGUCACCACCUCGGAGAUCUGAUAGGCAGGCGUCUAAAGCAAGUUUAGGGGGCAAUCACAAGGCUGCAGGGUUAUCUGACCUUUCUCCUCCUCGACGAAGAACUUCAGGCUAUGCUGAUGAUGCUCAUAUAUCACAUGGAUCUGAUCUUUCACCUCCAAGGAAACAAAGGAAGGAUGUGAGUAGAGAUCGAUCACUUUCAGAUAAGCAUUUACAGAGCCAUAUUGUUACGGAUGAUUCACAAGAAUCACCAGCAGAUCUUUCUCCUCAUAGGAAAAAGCAAAAAGCACUGCCGGUUUCAGUCUCCUUUAAACAGGCACGGAAGACUGGUUUGCUUACUCAGAAAGAGUUUGGGGAAGAAAUGUCUAAAACUAACAAAGAGGACUGGACGAGGUUUAAAGAGAUGAAUCCUUCUGCAAGUAGUAAUGCAGAGCCUGUGUAUCGAGACAAGAUUAAAGGAGAUCGAAUUUCAAAAGAGGGAUUCUUAAAAGCACGAGGAAAAAUAGAAGAAAAGCCCAAGGAAAUAAAAUUGGAAUGGGGCAAGGGCUUAGCUCAAAAACGAGAAGCUGAAGCUGAACGUAUGGAAUUAGAACUCGAGAAGAAUAGACCAUUUGCACGGUCAAGUAAUGAUGCCGAGCUUGACUCAAUGUUGAGAGAGAGACUGAGAUGGGGCGAUCCUAUGGCACAUUUGGUGAAGAAAAAGCAAUCUGAGAUGGCUCUUCCUGAUCUAGGAGACAGUGAGAAGAUGAAAGAAUCAGGGUUCAUUAUUCCACAGGAUAUUCCACCUCACAGCUGGCUAAAGAGGGGAUUGGAUGCUGCACCUAAUCGAUAUGGUAUAAGACCAGGAAGACAUUGGGAUGGAGUCGAUCGUAGCAACGGAUUCGAGAAGCAAAUGUUCAAGAGGAUGAACGAGAAACGAGCUACUGAAAGGGAAGCAUAUCUUUGGUCUGUGUCUGAUGCUAAGAUUUUAUUUACACGACACGUCUUUGGACGUGGGAGGGAAGCGAUCACCUAACCUUCGAUGUAAGGUUGAUCUUCGGAACUAGAAACUGGGUAAAUUUUGUCUGAUUUUAACCCUAUCUGUUCAUUUAGCUCACCGGUAAUAUAAGAAAAAAGAUUUGGAGAAGAUGUAUCUGACUAACAACAAAGAUUUGGAGAUUAAAAGAAAAAAGAGAUUUCUGCAUAAAAACUCCGCACAGGUUAUGCAACAAAGUUAGGGAAGAGUUCGUGGAAGAUUAUGAAGGGUGCUACGGUGGCAACACGUGGCUCAAAAUCUGGAACCUUAUACACCACAGCAGGGUGUAUGAACAUAAAUGCUGUUGCUAAGAGUGCUUCAAAUUCAAGUCUAUGGCACAAUAGACUUGGACAUAUGAGCGUGAAAGGAAUGAAGACGCUGGCUGCGAAAGGAGUUUUAGAAGGUCUGAAAUCUGUUGAUGUGGGUCAUUGUGAGAACUACGUUAUGAGCUAGCAGAAACAAGUUAGCUUCACAAGGACUGCUAGAGAGUUGAAGAAAGUGCGGUUGGAAAUGGAACCAGAUGUAGAGUAAGGUUCAACGAAGCAAGUGGGAGUUGAGCUUGAGUUGCAGGAAAACUCACCUAGUGAUGUUGUAGCAGAUACUCAUGAAACUCCUAAGACUACUGUUGAGGAACCAAAUGUGGAGCAUGGUUCCAAGACAACGAAGCAAGUGGGAGUUGAGCUUGAGUUGCAUGAAAACUCACCUAGUGAUGUUGUAGCAGAUGUUGUACUCAUGAAACUCCUGAGACUACUGCUGAGAAACCAGAUGUGGAGCAAGGUUCCAAGACCACGAAGCAAGUGAGAGUCGAGCUUGAGUUGCAGGGAAACUCACCUAAUGAUGUUGUAGCAGAUACUCAAGAAACUCCUGAGACUACUGCUGAGGAACUAGAUGUGGAGCAAGGUUCCAAGACAACAAAGCAAGUGGGAGCUGAGGUUGAGUUGCGGAGAAAAUCACCUAGUGAUCUUGUAGCAGAUACUCAACAAACUCCUGAGGUUGUUGCGGAGGAAUCAGCAAUGGAGCAACUGACACCUGAACCGGUGUUGAGAAGAUCAUCUAGUACUAUCAGAAUACCAGAUAUGUAUGUACUUCAUUACACUAUCUGUUGCUGAUGAAAGGGAACCAUAACCCUUUGAGGAGACCCUACAGUUGGAGGAUACAACCAAGUGGGAGCAAACUAUGGAUGAUGGGACGUCUAGGCUUCAAAAAUGUGUUGUAUUGAGGCCGAGUACAUGGCAAUAGCUGAAGCUGGAAAGAAGAUGAUAUGGAUGACUGACUAUCUGGAAGAAUUGGGCAAGAAGCAGCACAAAGAUUUUUUAUAGAGAUAGUCAGAGUGUCAUACAGUUGGCGAGGAACUCGGUCUAUCAUUUAAAGAUAAAACACGGAAGGCAAUACCAUUUCACUUGCAGGUUAGUGGAAGAUGGUGAUGUGUUUUGAGAAGAUAGAGUGUGCAAA